GAACCUCAAUUCUCCACAUAAUCAGAACAUUCACUCUCUUUCAGGAUUGGGAGAAAGAGUGAGAGACAAUGGGCAAGAAGUGAAAGAUGAAAGAAAAAGAAAGGAAGAACUUGUUAUGCAUGUUCCAUGGCCUGUCAUUCCGCUGCUUUUUCACUUUCACCAUGCAGGGAUUAUUUCUCCAUCAACACCAACAAUACCAAGUUCUUCAAAAGAUCCAGACCUGCUGUUGUCAUUUGCUCUAUCACUAACAGAAGUGCUAACUUCAACACCCUUGUCUCUGAGGCAGUUAGGCAUUUGGUUCCUCCAGCAAGAUUUGAAGCUUCAAAGCUGAAAGUUGUUUUAAUGGAAGAUCAGAUUAACGAUAUCAUCCCUAGAACUUAUAUCUUAUCUCAUUGUGACUUCACUGCGGAACUAACCUUAACUAUCUCCAAUGUCAUCAACCUUGACCAGUUGAGAGGGUGGUAUAGCAAAGAUGAUGUGGUUGCAGAAUGGAAGAAACUAGAGGGACAAUUGGCUCUGCAUAUCCAUUGCUAUGUCAGUGGUCCAAAUCUUGCACUAGACCUUGCUGCUGAGUUGAGAUACCAUAUUUUCUCCAAGGAAAUGCCUCUGGUCCUCGAAGCCGUGUUACAUGGAGAUUCAAUUCUUUUCAAAGAAAAUCCUGAGUUAAUGGAUGCUUUAGUUUGGGUAUAUUUCCAUUCUAGCUCACCAAAGUACAAUCGUAUGGAAUGUUGGGGCCCACUCAAGGAUGCUGCUAAGGGGAGACAAGGAGAUCAGUGUCGAGUGUAUUCAACAUCAACUAAGAAUGGAUCGACUCCUUCCAGAAAGUGGCAAGGACCCAAAUCCAUUUUUCAAGCUCUUUUUGCCUUCCUUCUUUGAAGUGCUUGCUUAGGCAGCAUAGUCCCAGAGGCUAAUUUUCGUGGCCAGAGAAGGACGGAAGGCUCAGUUUACAUAACAGAACCAAAAAAGAAGGGGUUUACUGCUAAGACACAGCAGUCAAAGUUCAAGUUGCAUGAAAACAAGGAUUGUUUGAGGCUCAGAUUGAUUCUUUUGCAAAUAACACAUUUGUUUUGAUUUUGAAACAUUGAUUCACAAUUCCUGUGCAACUGAACAUUUGUUCAUUUCCUUAUCAAUUGCUGAUGUCUUAUGUUGCUUUGUAGUUGAAAUUUACUACCUUAGUUGAAGUCUUGUAAUUACUCGUC